AGCGUACAUUUCUAUGAGCAUUUCGUGCAAGCAGCCCACCGUUAAUCAGUACUCCAAGCUGUAAACAAUUUUAUAACAGAACCGCGGUUGUGCUGACGAUAUUGUGGACUAACAAGCUUUUCGCGAGUAUACAGAACUUCAGCGUACAUUUCUGCAGACAGUACUGCAGGAAGAAAACAAUUUUUAUUAUUCGAAUUUUCUAACGAUCUGGUGUCCGGAACCACGUUUACGCCGCGUUGUCCCUAUGGAGCAGUUGACAGUGACGGUUACACAGCAUGAGUCUGGCAGCGGCCAUGCGAUAUGGGCACCGGCCACCAUAGUCAGCCAGGAUCCGAUAAAUGAGACCCAGCCUGACCCAGCCGUCGAGGGUGUCCGCCGGCGCAUACUGCUGACCAUCGCCAUCCAGACCGUCAUCAUUGUCACCGUCGGCAUUCUUAUCGUCGCUCUGGCGCCCACUGUCUUGCCCGUGGCGUCCGUUCCGGUCAGCGUGUACCUCAUCGGCGGCGUUCUCAUCCUGACAUCCCUCGUCAGCGCACUGAGCGCCUAUCGUGUCUACACCAUCCAAUCCAUCGGCGACUCCCACACCUCCGCCGACCUGAUCGAAGCCCUGUCGUCCAUGAAGGUGCAGGAUGCCAAGCGGUUCCCCGUGCUGUACGCUUUCCGCCACUACAACUACGCGCUAUUGGGCGAGCUGGGCGGCAGCGUGAUCGGUGUCGGCAGCGAAAUCCCGGGGGAUCUUCAGAGCGGCCAAGUGGCCAGUAUUAAGUGGCCGCUCAUCGCGUUCGGUGCCGCGUUCGUCCUACUGGUGGCCUGUAUUAUCUAUAAUUUUGUCGCGGCGGACGGCUACGCAAAGGAACUCCAGGCGAAACGCCGGGAUUUCUUUUCCUUCGAGGAAAUGCACCGCCGACAGAUGGAGCAAGGCGCUGCCGGGGCGCCGGUUACAUUCGAACCUUUACCGGCGCAUCUUCCUGUGUCUUCCCCGGAGGAGACACUGCAGACCGUUCUUCGUAAUAAUUAAAUGUUCAGGACCGUCCAAUGAUCUUUGACAUUUUUCAUUUCACUCACAAGCUUUGUACAGUCCGUAAGUUGGGCUGUAUAAUAAAACUGUUAAUUAAUUUCAUCAAGGUUUGGUCAGUCAUAUAAUUGCAAUUCAUGUGGAUUAUUUUGCGUGAAAUCCUUUUUUAUUUUUGUUGAACGAUGCCGAAUGGCGCCAUUUGCUGCGGUUGGUUCGCUGUUGGAUUUCUUACUUACCUCGGUGCUGAUAAUUCUCGUGGUUUUCACACAAGCUUGCCUACAAGCUUGUCCCGUAACUUCGUUAAGGUCCAGAUAGUACGUAUUGUGAUGAUGCACGAAUUACGAGACAAGCUUGUCUGUUGUACCGGCCUCUUGCACUCAAGGCAGAUUGUACGCUUGUUACGCAGAUGCCCGCUAGAUGGGUACAUUGUACUGUGGCCGUUAACGCGCAUUUUUAAAAAAGCGAAAA